AUGAAGACGAAGGACGGUAGUUGCCUCUCUACUUUUUUUUUUACAUCACGCGGUGUCUCAGUGACAGAUUCGUUCAACGAAUGGGUUCGAAAUGCCGCGCACGUUGCCAAAACGAAGGGUGACGAAGCACAGCGGCAGCGUUACGAGCGUUGGGUGAUUGCCCUUGUUGAAGACGUGAUGCGCAUUCACGGCGGUGUCUCUGCAGUCGACUGGGCCACUGUAUCGCUAGUCAUGCCGCCUGACGCUGAAGACAGGAGGCCGACGAUGCUUCGUGGUGGCGGUAAUGAACCACCAAGACUGUCAGUGAGAGCAGUGACUUCUCAUCAUCGCACCGAGUUGUACGGAGAGUGUAUGCGACGGAUCCCUCAGCCACUCCAUCCUUUACUUAAUCAAGCGUUUGAAAGACUUGAUAUGGAUGUCAUGGCCGGUACGCGCACCUACGAGGCGGUGACCCCUCUGGAGGUAAUUAAAAUUAUUCAGGAACUUCAGGCUCUAUGCCGCAAGCAGCUUCAGCAACCACACACUCAAUCAUCCUUAGCAUCCUACGGGGGUCCCGUCUCUAAACCGAUGGAAACGGCCAGGGACAGUGUCUUGGGUGGAAAAACCACAAGAGAUCACUUAGACUGUCCCCCAAAUGCGAAGGUGCGUCGUUCAGAAAACGGCGCACACAAAGCGGAGUCUGACGAGGGGCCAACGGCGGAAGCGAGGGCGAGCACUAACCGAUUCUUACAAGAAAUGAUUGUACUUGAUGAAGUAACACAGCCGAAGCGGCAGUUUGUUGGGAAGUCACAGGAACUUGAAAGACUUUACUCGAGGUACGAACCCGCGGCUGAUGAUAUCCGCCCACGGGAAGUGCUCGUGGAUGCAUUUAGGUUCAUAAAAGCGAAAGCAAACGACAAGGAAAAGUACCCGGAUCCCCUCAAGGCUUACCGUUAUCUGAGUGACCAACUAAAGGGAAUGCGGCAAGAUCUUUGCGUGCAAAACAUUGUGGACGAGUUCGCCAUCGAGGUGUACGAAAAGCAUGCCCUCAUUUCAUUGGAGCUGGGUGACAUUGGGGAGUUUAACCAGUGUCAAGCUUCGUUAAAAAAGAUGUACGAAGACGCCCCAGAUUGUGUGGGUGACUCUGUAUCCGAGUUCUUUUGCUAUCGACUUGCUUACCUCGCACUCGGUGGUCAGUUUGAUGCUCUAGCCACGGAGUUAAUCCACUACACCACCACAACCUUAUCGAGGCGUGAGCAGGCGCAAAAGAGCUCGGGGCCGCGGGUUAGGAAGAAGGAUGUUCGCAACACUCUGAAGCUCUGUGGGGCAUGCGAAGAAGGAGACUGUUUCACGAUAGCGCGCACUCUUCCCCAUUUUCCACACGGAAUGCAUUCGUUGGUAAAGAUUUUUCUUCCAAAAUGCCGUCUCCGGUGGCUGAGAGAGCUGCUUAGCGGUAUUCGGGGGAAUGUGUCACUGCGCUUUAUUGCUUCAUGCCUCGGUUUCCCCCCGGUAAAUGUGAAGACGCCGACGGGUGAUUGUGAAUUUUGGCUAGACGGCACUGGCGAAAAGGCGAAGGGGGAGUUCAAGCGCUUCUUUGAAAUGAUAAAGUACCCAGUGCCGGCGAACUGGUCGUUUGACAAAGAAACGAAGCGUGUAAAAAAGUCUGAUGAUCACAGCCAGCAGCAGGACGAUGGGCUAACUGAGAUCGUCGUUGCGGAGACCUUGUGUGAAUGCGUUAAUGAAUACAUAAAAUACCUUGGAACGCGCCGCGACGCCUAG